AUGAAGAAAAAGUCUUCUUGUUGUGUUCCGAAAAAUUUGCCGACGGGAAUGAAGAAUUUGAGCGAACCAGAUGAAAGGGAAUGUCAUCGCGAAGGAAGGAAGAAAGAAAGAGAUUUACGUGCAAAAGUUGUCCCGUCCCGUCUCUUUCGCACGUUCCGGCGAUGCGAAUCAAAUCAGGAUUUUCGAGCGACAGACACACAAAAACCUGGAAAUCUUCUCCUCGUUUUUGCCCUUGCCCUUUUGAUUCUCAGCCUCCAGGGCGAUUCUCAGAGAGUCACGAAUCAAGUCAACCCAGAAGAAGGAGGAGAACUAGAAAACGAAGGAAUGGGAGGAGAAGAAGAAAAAGGAGGAAGAGGAGGAGGAAGAGAAGGAGAAGGAAAGGGAGGAGGAGGAUUCUAUAAAGCAAAAGAAAAAGCAAAAGAAGAAAAAUGGAAGGAGGAGAAAAAGAAGAACAAGAAGAUGAGGAAGAAGAAGAAACAGAAGAAGCAGAAGAAGGAGAAGAAUAAGAAGGAGGAGGAGGAAAAGAAGAAGGAGUAG